GCUAUCAAGAUUUACGCCAGGUUACCUAGUUAACAAUACCGAAGAGAACUAAACAACAUGGCGGCUCGCGGAGUGAUAUCUCGUGAACCUAAAGAUCCCCAAGAAAUGUACAAAGAAGCUCUGGAGAAUGUAUCCGCUUACAACUCCAGAUUGCGUUACGAGCGCCGUCUUCGCAUUCCUUUCAUCGAUGCACAAACAGGCAUCGCUAUGAACAACUGCCAUUUAUGGAUCAGCAAACUCGAACGUCAGCCAGGACAGACGCCACAUUACGUCUACAGUUACCCAGCCAGACGAUGGCGGAAAAAGAAACGGCCUCUCCCUGUCGAGCGUGCGAUUGAGACCAAAACUUUAGAAACUGAAGAACAAAUAAUUGAAACUGUGGAUGCCAUGGAAACUGAGGGACUACUGGAUGAGUCUGAACCUGAUCAUCUAAGAGAAGCUGUGGCAGUGAAAGAUGAUGAAGUGAGACUUGUGGAGAGUGAAGGGGAGGAAGAUCUACAGGAUGAUAGUGGUGCAUUAUCCACUGAUGAUGAAGACUUCAUCGUCGGCAAGAAGAGACCAAUUAGUAAAGGAAGGCCAGGACGCAAAAAAGCGCAUCAACCCAGUCUAUUUCCAGAAACACCAGUCCACCAUAAGCCAAUCCCCCAAAUGCCUGGCCUUCUCCAUGUGCGCAAUAUCACCAAGGAGGAAUUAGCCAGGAUGGAUCCAGAGGAGCGAAAAAAGCCUUAUGUGUGUGAGAUUUGUGGACGGCGCUAUAAAAAUGGCCCUGGACUGAAAUACCAUUACACCCACUAUAAUCACGAACAGGAGGCUGCGGCUGGUCCAGCACCUCAUCAUGAGGAGCCACCAAUAUCCCACCCAUCAACACCUUCUACUGCCAGUGUUCCUGUUGAAUCUCCAAAGGUUCCUCCAUCGCCACCCCACCAAAGAGGUCCAGGACGUCCAAAGAAGGUUCCAGGCAGCGGCACUUCUCCUAAUAACUAUUGCGACUUUUGUCUGGGUGAUGUGUAUGAGAAUAAAACAACUGGAUUUCCUGAAGAACUGUUAUCUUGUGCAGACUGUGGCAGAUCAGGCCAUCCUUCUUGUCUUCAGUUUACUGGAAAGCUGACAGAAAGUGUGAAAAAAUACAAAUGGCAGUGCAUUGAGUGCAAGUCCUGCACACUCUGUGGAACUUCUGAUAAUGAUGAUCAGCUGCUGUUUUGUGACGGCUGUGACAGAGGUUAUCAUAUGUAUUGUCUCAAGCCACCGAUGCAAAAACCACCUGAAGGUCACUGGACAUGUGCUCUCUGUGAAACUGCUCCUUUACCCCCAGCUCCUGCACCCAUGCCACCUCAUAUGAUGAUGAAACCAGAGUGGCACUAAAGCGACAGAUUUAAGAUCCAUGUUCUCUACAAUCUUCUCUUUACUUCUCUUCUGGUACUGCAAGGAGAAUUUGUGUAACAAUCAAACUAUUUUGUCGAUAAUUUCCUUUAUUAUCGUGAUCUUAAUGAAGGAUUCAGUGGUGUUGCUGUAAGGAGAAAGUAGAAGCUGGUCACUCUUAGGGUUUUGAAGGUUAACUAUGAAUGAGUCUCUAAAGAAUGUGGUCCUAAGUAUGGUGUGUUACAUUUCAGCAAGUGUUAUAUCAUUUAUGAAUAAAAUGGUCAAGUAUAAAUGUGAAAGGUUAUGUUGCUGGUAGAUUGUCACAGAGAGCCGUGUUGAAACUUGUUUGGUUGUCACUGGUUAAGAAGUAUUCAGGGAAAAAAGGAUGUCAGAAAAAUUACAAGAAAAAAUAAAACUGCAUUGAAGAA